UGCUAAGGAAGUCCUGUGGCUGUGUCUAGACUUUUUAUUUUGUGCAUCAGGUAAAUGGCUAAAGGGGAUAAAAAGAAGAAAGGCCAAGACAAUGUUUCUACACCAAAUGCAUCGUUAAGUAAAUUAGAAGUCUCUGAAGUAAGUAUUGCGCAGGACGUAGUGGCUGAUUUGGCAGCAGGAAAGGAGAAGGAAUUGGCGGAAUCACCUACAGUGCCUCAAGCACAACCUGUGCUAGAAAAUGAAGCUAAAGAGGCCAUAAAAGACAUUAAUGUCUUUGUCAACAUAAUCAUCGAAAGAUAUGAAGGUGAGAAGGUUAAUGGCGUCUUCCACGGAGAUGGAGUCGCACACUUUCAGGGAGGUCACGUUUACAAGGGUGUGUUUUCAGAUGGAUUAAUGCAUGGACCUGGCGAAUACAUAUGGGCAAAUGGAGUUCGCUAUAAGGGGGAGUUUGUUGCUAAUUCCCCCAUGGGUGUUGGGACAUACACAUGGUUGGAUGGCAGCUACUAUGAGGGUGAGGUGUUGAGUGGAAUACGCCAUGGCACAGGAAUGUACAGGUGUGGCAAGACCUCGGUCACCUACAGGGGACAGUGGCACCAAGGACAGCGACAUGGCAAGGGCAUAAUCUACUACAACCCGGAAGUGACAUCUUGGUAUGAGGGAGACUGGGUCAACAACAUUAAGGAAGGAUGGGGUGUCCGUUGUUACCCAUCCGGAAACAUCUAUGAGGGGCAGUGGAAGAACGAUAUGAGAGAUGGCCAGGGCAGGAUGAGGUGGCUCCAACUGGGGCAACAGUACAGCGGAGACUGGAAGAACGGCAUCCAGCAUGGGCAGGGGACCCACACGUGGUUUUUGAGGAGGGUUGCCGGCACGCAGUACCCCCUGAGGAACGAGUACGUGGGGGAGUUUGUGCAGGGCCUGCGGCACGGCCACGGCGUCUUCUCCUACGCCAGCGGAGCCGUCUACAGCGGCGGCUGGAAGGACAACAAGAAGCACGGCCAGGGUACAUUCACCUUCAAAAAUGGCCGCAUAUUCGAAGGGGAGUUUGUCGACGAUCGCAUGGCGGAGUUCCCCACCUUUUGCAUGGACGGCUUCACAACUCCAGAUCUCAGUGGCAUCAGGACACAUACUCCCACUUCCUGCGAAGAUGGCCACCUCAGACAAGUUGCGGACUCUGCUGGCUAUGUGUCUGUGCUGGGGCCUGAUGUAUCUCUGGACAUCAGCAUGCUCUUGGAAGACGUCCCAGAGGACCACCAAGAUGCAGAACUCAAGCAGGUGGAGUUUGCAGUGCUGCGGCACAUCGCAGAGCUGCGCGGCAUCUACACCUUCUACAGCAGCCUGGCGCUGAGCGAGUCCCCCGACAACACCUUCCUGCUCACGCGCCUGCAGCUCUGGCGCCUCCUGCUGGACUGCCGCGUGCACCACCACGGCCUCACGCUCGCCGACAUGGACCGCCUCAUCAACGGACUUGAGCCCUCUGAAGAGCCUCACUCUCCCUUCUCCACCAUGUUGCUGAGGAACUUCAUCAGCUCUCUGGUGAUCAUCGCAUACCACACAUUCCAGAAGGAGGACGGAUGGUCCAGUGGUGGUGUCAUAGCAGGACGUUUCUCCAAGUUGAUGAGGGACAACAUUAUCCCCAAUGCAAAGCACGUCAAAGGGUAUUUCUGCAGGGACCCAAUGCGAGCAGUGAUUGCUGUGAACUACAUCAACAAAAAUUACGAGAUUUACAAGAUUUUCUGCCAAGCCAACUCACUCACACAUCCCAAGGAAACCAUGACCAUGCGGCAGUUUGUGCUGAUGCUCAAGGAUCUUCACCUGUUCGGCAGUGACCUGACCCCCAGAACCGUCAUCCAGAUCCUGGCCCUGGAGAACCCAUCGGUGUACGCAGAUUCCUUUAGCAACAUGGAUGUAGAGAUAGUUUUCCUGGAGUUCUAUGAGGCCUUGCUAGGCUGUGCUGAAGCGAAGCAACACAAGGACCCACAGCUGUCAGAGGGAAACCUGAGUGAAGACACCAUCUCCCAAAAUGCAUCGGACACACAAGCCAGUUCCCAGAAUGCAUUGGGCACAGGUGCCAGCCCUCAGACAGGGUCAAUAGUUAAAUCUUCAAAUCAGAUGUCAUCUGGACGGAGCACCACUAAAUUGAGUGAGGUGAGGCGGUCCAGAGAGGCAACGCACAGCACCCACACGCCUGACAAAGCCACGGCCUGCAGACCGAGCCCAGAGGGGAACUGUUCAGAGGUGGUCUACAGUGAGGUAGAACCAGUCUCAGACACCCUGGUCCAGUCUAUGGCAGCUCUAGACCCAAAAGACACUCUGCAGUGGGGAGGGGGUUCUCAGGGCAGCAGCGGAGGAGGGGAGUUGGAGAGCUGGAUCCAGAGGACGCACCACUUCUUCAACAAGCUCUUCUUCCCCGCGUACGAACACAUGCUGCUGCUGAACAGGGCGGUGGAGGAACAGAGGCUGAGGGAGGUCGCCAGGAGCCGCAUCGCCCUGGCCAAGGCCAAGGAGGCCGCCAGGUUGCGGGAGCUGCAGGAGGCUGAGGAGAGGCGGCGUGAGGAAGAGGAGGAGGAGGCGGCGGAGAAAGCUGCAGAGGCUCAGGAGGAGGACGGCAACACCCUCACUCCCCCGGCCGUGUCCACACCAGUAGCCUCCGUCACCUCCAUGGCCCCCGCCUCAAAGCAGCCGCAGUCGCCCGGCAGUGCCAAAAAGAAGAAAAAAUAAACGGCAACAUUUUAUUUUAAGGUUCACGUUAGCCAAUAAAACAUCAGUGACUUAAAAGGCAUGUGUUUAAAAAAAAAAAAAAACUGAGGGGCAUGUAUUCACAAAUUUGUUCACAGCCAAUAAGGCCUUUAUUGGCGUUAUGAUCGUAAUAAUGACCAAAUAGGCCCUCAACACAGGUCUCUUAUAAGUCACUUCCAUGUACACAGACGGUCAUUGGGUAUGCAUAUUGGCCAACAAUGAUCAACCGUAUGAUUUGGUCUUACCAAAUAAACAACUAGACAAUCUUCA